CUCCAUCAUCUGAUUGCCGCGCCGCCCGUCCAGCUCAGACUGACCGCUACGUCUCACUCUCUCCUACCUCUCCUAGCUAACUGGCUAGCUACGACUACGAGUAGCUCGGUUAGAGCUAGCUAGCUGGUGAUCAGACUGACCGCUGCAGGCGGAACGCGAAUGUAGAUGCCUUUUCCCUGGUGAUCACCACGCGCGCCCGCAGCUCGUUUUAAGCCGGCCGGUUCGGACAAGGCAUGCGCUGCUCCGUUCUUCCCGCACAAGAUGGCUCCAGCUUCCGCCUCGCUCCUCGCCGGCGCCAAGCGCUCCGCGGACGCCGCCCCUGACGCUGCUGAGCUUCCACCAGCGCAGGAGGGCGCGGUGACCAAGAAGAACGGCCCGAGCCAGCAGCAGCAGCAGAAGCUGGAGUGCCCGCGCUGCAGCUCCACGGACACCAAGUUCUGCUACUACAACAACUACAGCACAUCGCAGCCGCGCCACUACUGCCGCACCUGCCGCCGCUACUGGACGCAAGGCGGCACGCUGCGCAACGUCCCCGUCGGCGGGGCAUGCCGCCGCCGCGGCAGCGGCAAGCGCCGCAGGCCCUCCGCUGAGCCCCAGACGACCUCCUCCGACUCGCCGCAGCCGGACAUGCAGGAGACGCGCGCUCUCUCUGACCACCCGCUCCCAGUCUUCCCGUUCCUCGCCGACGGCGGCCCCGUCUUCCGGCCACAGUUCGAUCUCGGGCUCGGCGGGUUCCCCUGGACACCGGCGACCACGGACCACCUCUACGACGGGCUCGCGGCGCCGUGGGGUGGCUGCGACCGGGCGCUCUCCCUCACCGGCGCGUGGGACGACCUCGGCGGCAUCGAGCUCGCCUGGCCACCACCACCACCGCCACCGGCCGGGAACUGAUCAGCGUCAUCAUGUCAGUCAGCGUUUCGCCAGCGCGUUCGAGGCUCCUGUUUUAUCAUCGCAGCCUCGAUCGAGGCUAAUAGUGCUAGCUUGCAUGGGAAAUUGUACGUCUCCUGUUUACAGUAGUAGAUAUAUCUUUUUGACCACACUAAUUGUCUUUUUACCUAGCUCGAUGCAUCUCAGGUUAUACUUGCAUGUAUAUAUGGAUGUGGCUAGAAAGUGUUGGAAUUUCGCCCUCA